AUGAGCGACCCAACAGAUCUGGCAAAGCUGCUGCAACAGCUGCGCCAGGAGAAAGAGCUACGCCAGCAAGCCGAGGACAAAAACAAGCAACUAGAGGAGAAAAACAAGCAAGCCGAUGAGAAAAUCAAGCAAGCCGAUGAGAAAAUCAAGCAAGCCGAUGAGAAAAUCAAGCAAGCCGAGAACGAACGCGAUCAAGAACGAAAGAAAACUCAGCCUCUGACACUGGACGAGUUUCUCGAGGCGUCCCACAACCUUGUCUAUACGAAGCUCUCAGUUGAGACGGACCCCUCCAAGACCACGACAGGCAACUUGACUGCGUACGGCAAAGCCGUUCCAGCUCAUCUCCGACCAUGGUCCAGUUUUCUGGUCGAGCAGACAAGCAUACUGAACACUCUUUUCGAAUUCUUUCCACUUGAAAGGCGACUUUUCGACCAUCGAAGUUACUUAUCGAUCCUUGGCAGCAAAGUCUCCAAGGCGCCGAUCGCUAAUGAGAAGAUGCUGGAAAAUUUCCUUCAUAACUGUGUCGAGGACCCAGUCAGGUGCAUCGUGCAUGAGCUAAGCCAACUCGAACCUCUUCGACAAAGAUUAGGCAUUGGUUUUGGCAUCAACUUUGAGAAUCACAUGAAAGCCAUCAAUGAUGAAGCCUACCAAGUUCUCGAACAAGAACGCCAGCAGUUUCCGCCCCCGCGGCGGCUGCAUGAGGAACCGGAAGAGGCCGAGGUCCAGGUGCCGAGGACACCGAACCCGGAAACAGAUCUUCCCAAGCUGAAUCCCGAUCAAAUCUGCGUAUACCGCUACGACGAGCAAGGCCGCGAAAGAAGGAGUGUGAUCGCUGUUGCAGAGUAUAAGGCACCGCACAAGCUCACCCCUGUACAACUUCGCGCUGCCCUAGAUACACUGCCAGCGAUGGACAUUUUCGAGGAUGUCGUCUGCAAGAACAAAAUCCCUACAGACGCCGAUGCCAAGUUCCAGCACUAUGCAGAGGAGCUUACAGCUGCUGCUAUUACUCAAACCUACAACUAUAUGAUUAGAGCUGGACUUCGUUAUAGUCUCUUGACGACAGGCGAGACUAUUGUUUUUCUCAACAUUGACUGGGACACUCCAGAGAUUCUCUACUUCCAUUUUGCCGAGCCUGGACUCGAGAUAAAAACUCAUGGCCAGUUCCGCUCAUGCACGGCCGUAGCCCAGUACCUGGCAUUUCAUCUCUUGGCCCUCGGCAACCGCCAGCAUAUCGUUCAAGAUCGUCGCUCGAAAGCGUUCAAGGCGCUCAAUAAGUGGAAGAUGGAUUUCCGGCACACCGCAAGCACAGUCAGUCCCGACGCGAAAAUACCAUCGUCGAGCAAAUCCAACAGCCACGCGCCCCGUGACUAUCGUGAUGUUGACAGGUCCAUCACAGGAAUAAAGCGGAAAGGGGGACCGGAGUCGGGAAACAGCCUGCCGGUGAGACGACGAUGGAAAGACGAUGGCGACGACGAGGACGACGAGGACUGGCUACCAGGCUCAUCGGACAAUGCCAGUUCCAGUCCUACAGAGCGCAGGGGUAACCGCAUUCGUGAGAGGAGAGCCAACGGGGAGAAUGAUGGGCGUGAGAGGAGAGCCGACGGGGAGAAUGAUGGGCUUGAGAGGAGAGCCGACGGGGAGAAUGAUGGGCGUGAUAGCCACAAAGGGCGUGAUAGCCACAAUAUGCGCGAUACGCACAACGGCCACAGCGACCACAACGACUACGAUAGCCGCAACAACCAUGAUAACCAUGAUAACCACGAUAACCAUGAUAACCACGAUAACCGCAGUACGCACGAUAACCACGAUAACCGCAACAGCGGCGAUAGCCACAACAACAUACCACCUCGACCUCAAGACUCCGACUACUGUACACAGAAAUGUCUCCUCGGUCUAGUCAGGGGCGAAAACCUCGACUUAAACUGCCCCAACCUGGCUCGUCACUGCCAAAACGACGGCACCAGAAACCAAGGCAAUCGCCAUCCUAUUUCCCACGACGAAUUCCAGCGACUGCUCGCCGUUCAGCUAGGAGAAACGCUUGAUAAUGGCAUCACGCCUUUGGACAUCGAGGGGGCUCGAGGCGUUCUGUUCCAAGUAUCCCUUACUGCGUACGGAUACACUUUCAUCGGGAAAGGAACAACUGUCAUAUAUAUACCCUUUCAAAAAUAUGAAGAGAGGGUUUAUAAGCGACUCGAACCACUCCAAGGUAUUCAUGUGCCUGUUUUUCUUGGCGCCAUCGACCUGCGCAGUGUAGACAGAAUGUACUUUUACGCCGUCCGGGUCGAUAUCGUCUACCUGAUCUUCAUGUCGUGGGCGGGCGUGCAUCUUCGAACGUUGUCCCGCAGCCAGGUAGGCGAUGACCUGUCGUUGGAGGACUCCGCCGUACAAGCUAUGAAGGCGGUUCAUCAGGAAGGCGUGGUGCACACAGAUGCCAGAAUGGAGAACAUGCUGUUCAACCCACACACCCAGCGCAUCAUGGUGAUUGAUUUUGAGCGCGCGCACGUUCUUCCGAAACCUCAUCGGCAAUUGUUGGCCGCUAAAAAGCGACAGCGAGUUGAGUGUGGCAGUAGAUUUACCAAUGACAUUGUAAGUGUAAAAGGAGUAUUCCAUUAA